UCGAAUUUUAAAACUAUGAAAUGGUUAUGUGGUUUGAAAUUCUUGUCUUUACCUUCUCCCUCCGUCCGCAAGCGCUCAAAAACUCUUCUCGCUCCUCUGCUAAUCCACAGUCCAAACCUCCCUGACCUCAUGGAUUCCCUUCAAGCCACCUACGAAGACGAAGACGAAGAAGAAGACGAAGAACAACAACAAACCAACAACAGCGCCACCCACCACAACCCUUCUCCUCCUCCCACCAUCAGUCCCAUUGACCUCGAGGAACGCCAAAACGGCACAGACCCACCUCAAAACGACGCUGAAACAACUCCAAUUGACAACACAACUUCCAACCAACAACCUCAACGAGAGGACCCCUUUACACCAGCCUCCGAAUACCUCUCCGAAUCAGACCACCCGACAACCUCAAACGACAACGAGAAGCCCACGACCAAAUCUCCCAAAAUUGAAGACACCGAAAUCGAAGACAUUGAAGACGAUGGAGAUGAAGAAGACCCACCUCCUAAAAAACAAAAACAACUCUCCUCUUUAACACAAAACCAAGAACCACCAGAACCUACGACAAUAGCAGAAAUCUUAAACAACGACAACAACAAUGGAGCCAACGAAUUCAAGAAACCAACCAAAAUCACCCCAACAACAACAAAAAAGAAGUCGAAGAAAAAGAACAACAAUAAUGUCUGGGUCACAAGAUCCACACGCAAAGGCAAGAAAAAAACAAAACAAAACCCACAAAACACACCAUCAGAAGACACUGUUUUGAUAUCUCCAAUCCCAAGAUUCCCUGACAAAAGCGACGACACCCCGGCCUUAAAAAUCUGCCUGUCUAAAGUAUAUAAAGCAGAGAAAGCCGAAUUGAGCGAAGAUAGGAUGAGUGCAGGUAGUACUAAAGGGUAUAGAAUGGUGAGAGCUACAAGAGGGGUAUGUGAAGGAGCUUGGUAUUUUGAAAUUAAAGUGGUUAGUUUAGGAGAAACCGGCCACACACGACUUGGGUGGUCUACGGAGAAAGGGGAUUUGCAGGCGCCGGUUGGGUAUGAUGGGAAUAGUUUUGGGUACAGAGAUAUUGAUGGGAGUAAAGUGCACAAGGCAUUGAGGGAGAAGUAUGGCGAGGAAGGUUAUAAGGAAGGGGAUGUUGUUGGGUUUUAUAUUAACUUGCCGGAGGGGCAGUUGUAUACUCCUAAACCUGCUCAUUUGGUUUGGUAUAAAGGACAGAGGUAUGUUUGUGCUCCUGAUGCCAAGGAAGAUCCUCCCAAGAUUGUUCCUGGAAGUGAGAUAUCUUUCUUCAAAAAUGGAGUCUGUCAAGGUGUUGCUUUUAAGGAUUUAUUUGGUGGUCGUUACUACCCUGCUGCUUCAAUGUACACUCUCCCCAAUCAGCCAAAUUGUGUGGUGAAGUUCAACUUUGGCCCCGACUUUGAAUUCUUUCCAGAGGAUUUUGGAGGACGUCCAGUUCCCAAACCCAUGAUUGAUGUUCCUUACCAUGGGUUUGAUAAUCGUUCUGAAAAUGGUGUCACCGAGGAGAAGAAACAUUAGCCUGUAACUUCCUAACCAUCUGUGGAGUUGGGAGGUUGAUUUGAGUUUAGCAUUUUCUUUAUAAUUUUUUUAACUGAUAUAUUAGGACUGACAAGUGAACUGACUCACUUUCUGUAACUCAACUUUUUUAUGGAAGAUAAAGGGAAAAAAAGAAGAGAGAGAUGAUAUUUGCUUGUGAGAUGCAAUUAUAUUUCAUGAGCACGAUUGCACCUUAAUUGUUUCUUGGUAAUGGAUUUCUGGUUUUUGUUAAUGAGAAAUAUUAUUAGGGUAGAAUAGUUUAUCUGAACUGAUUUGCACGUUUUGCAGUGAAUAUUUGAUACCUUUACCGAAUUCCUAUUUACAAGCUAGAUGUUUCAGAAACCAUGGCUUAAGGCUUAUGCAUCAUACAAGUUUCUAUUUAGCGUGCUGUUCCCAAGUCACUGUGGUUUCAGUAAGUUCCUUUGUCGUAGUUGGAAGAUGGUGAGCAUGUUUCAACUUUGUUCUUUGCCAGAGAUGGGCAGUUUAGAUUGUCAGUCUUUUUAGUUGAUUAUAUGUAUAUAUAAAAAAAAAAACUGAAAGGUUUGGUGAAUUCACCGUGCAUCCAGAGACAUUUAUACUGUGGCUCGCACAGUAGACUCAAUUUAUCUCUGAUUUCAUUUUUGUUGUGUUUCUUUGUGAUGUUGGGGGGUUGCAUGUCACCUCUCUCUUUUGCGUAUUUCACUGGUGGCUGAUUGUAGUCGUUGGGGGAGAACCUUUGUUGGGUAUGGACCUGCAGCUAGGCACGUUCGCCCCAGAUUUUCUGGGUUAGUUUCCAAGGUUUUGAUCUCAUUUUGAUGCGCUUUUUCAGAGGGUUCUUGACUGUUCUCGAUUUUGUUUGAGGAGGCUAGCCUUGCUCCUGCAAAUGCGGCUCCCAUAACGUUUAAACUGGCAUGAUUUUGGGUGUCUUUUCUUUCAACUUGUAUGGGUUCUAAUGGUGCUGCAUUAAAUGCAGUACCACUUGCACAGGUUUGAUUUUUGUUAUCGUGGGAGCAGUUCAGUUGGUUUGUGAUUAGUUGGGGAUUUUGGUUGAGUUCUGGUAUCAUACAGUCUAUUUUGUUCUAUCAGCUAAUGGGGUUACUGGUUUAGGGGCUUGCUUAAAUCAAUCUUAGUUUGGUUGGGUUUCGACUGUAUGGGUUGUGGCAACCAGUCUGAUCUGAUUUCUUUUGGUUUUGGGCUGUCCUUUUUUUCAGUUGUUACUGCUUUUUUCCUGUCAGAUCACCUUACUUAUUCCUGCCAUGUUUUUUAGCACCUGGAUGAAUUGGGUUGAUAUUUUUUUUAACCUUCUCGCUUGCUAGGUGUUAGCUCUCUCAAUUUCUAUAAAAGAGCCUCAUGGGGGCCAUUUGAAUCGUGUUUUACUUCCUGCUUGCGUUCCAAAGGCUGAGCUCCGCUCCCUCCCUGUGGCUUUUUUUCUUCGCACAGCUGCUAAGAAGAUUUAGGUAAUAAAAUUAUCUGGAUUUUCUUUGAUUCACAUGUCAUAUAUGUCUAUCCUCAAUUCUGAAGUAUUUUGGUUUCAAACUUCUGAAAAAAAGGUUAAGACUUUUCUUUGAUUUUCCUCUGUAGAAGAAUCUGUGUUCAAAUUUUAACUUUCAUGUCAUUUUUUGUACGCCCAACUUCCCAUGAUCUCAAGAAGUGAAUAUUUGAAUAGAUUAGUAUUCCAGAGAAGAAGUAAUGGAGGAAAGGGUACCUUCCCCAAGAUUCAAUUACACAAUUUUCCAGUUGGAUCUGAAAUCUUUGAGAUAGUAGUGAAGUUCUGCUAUGGAUGGAAGGUUGAUCUAACAGCAUCCAACAUUGCUCCUGUACACUGUGCUGCACAUUUCUUGGAAAUGAGCAAUUAUCUUGAACAAGGAAAUCUAAUUUCCAAAACGGAGGCUUUUCUAAGUUUUGUAUUGUUAUGAGCAUGGGAAGACAUUUUGGAUUUUGAAAAGCUGUGAAUCCAUCUCUUUGCGGGCUAAAAAGUUACAAUUCGUGAAAUGAUGCUCUGAUGCCAUUGCCUGGAAUGCCUGCAUAGACCCCAAAUUAUUUAGUGGCUGAAACUUGAAGUGGUGAAUAUUCCACCCCAACUCUCAUCUUUCUGCGGACUACAAACCUGUAUAUACAUGUCUAACUGUGGAUCUCUAAAGUUGGAUCACCACAGCUUUGUUUUCCUUCGACACAGUAUGGCUAACAUGGGAAGUAGAAGUCGUGACAGUGGAAAUGCUAUUCUAUCUAGUAGAAAGCAUAACAAGUGUGUUUUUCUUCCAGCUGAUGGGAAUAUGGUUGCCGAAUCACUUGAAAGAUGAAAUCAGAACUGUCUUCAGGACCAUUCAGAUGAAAGUUGCAAAUGAUUUGAUCAUACAAGUUGGAGAUUCCAGCUUUCAGUUGCAUAAAGUACAAUGACCAUGCUUUCAAUAUCCAAACGGACCUAAUUAAUCUAUCCGAUUUCGCUUUAUGUACUAUAAAAGUGAAUCACUCCAGUCUUGGGAGAAAUCUAUUUGAAUAUCUGCAUUGAAUUUGUGUCUAACUAUUUCUUGAGCUGCUGCAAGUUUAAUCCUGAGGUUAGACCAUAUUCCUUCACUAUAAAUCAUGAAAACAAGCUUACCAAUACAUGGUAGAGUCAGACAAGAAAGAAUCUUAUAGCUGCUAACUAGUACAGCUACUAAGAAGAUUUAGGUAACAAAAUUAUCUGGAUUAUGAUGCUUCAUUGAUUCACAUGUCAUACAUGUCUAUCCCCAAUUCUGAAGUAUUUUGGUUUCAAACUUCUAAGAAAAGGGUUAAGAUCGAGUUUUCUUUGCUUUUUCUCUGUAGAAGAAUCUGUGUUCGGAUUUUAGCUUUCAUGUCAUUUUUUGUACACAGCUUCCCCAUGCUCUCAAGAAGUGAAUAUUUGGAUAAAUUAGUAUUCCAGAGAAGAAGCAAUGAAGGAAAGGGUACCCUCCCAAAACUCAAUUAAACAAUUUUCUAGGUGGAUCCAAAAUCUUUGAGAUAGUAGUGAAGUUCUGCUAUUGAUGGAAGGUUGAUCUAUCCAACAUUGCUCUAAUACACUGUGCUGCACAUUUCUUGGAAAUGAGUGAUGAUCUUGAACAAGGAAUCUAGUUUCCAGGACAGAGACUUUUCUAAGUUUUGUAUUAUUAUCAACAUGGAAAGACAGAUUUUGAAAAGCUGUGAAUCGAUCUCUUUGUGGGCCAAAAAGUUACAAAUCCUGAAACAAUGCUCUGAUGCCAUUGCUCCGAAUUCCUGCAUAGACCCCGAAUUAUUUACUUCCAGCAGGAUGAUGCACUUGAAUGUUCUAGCAAAUGAUGCUGAAAACUUGAAACUCCAAGGUGUAGCGGAGAAUUGGUGGAUUGAAGACGUUUCAUGCCUUUGAAUAGAUCUUUUUUGUUGAGGCUACUGAACUUACAACAGAAACUUUGAUCAGGGUACAUCCCGAGGAGGAAAAUUCAGUUUCUGGCAGCAUGCUGCUUCCCCUUCUCAAGUUGGGAAUAAUUAUGAGAAUUAAAUCUGAACUACCGAAUAAACUAGAAAAAAGACUAGCUCUUAAAUUGGAGAAUUAAUUUUGGAAAUUUUUUUCUUGCAAAUAGAGAAGACAUUACAAAUGCUUGCACAUUUAUUUUUUCUGACAAAAAAGUUUUGGUCUGAACGGCAGUGAGGCGCUGCCAGCUAACUAGUUGAUAUCUGUUUCUAGUUAGACAACUAAAGUGUUGGGUCCUUUAGAUUGCUGUCCAACUGUCCUCUGGUAGUUCUUGCCUGCUGUUUCUUGGCCAAAUAUUUUAAUAAUAAACUUGUUAUUCCCCUUGGGGUUCAUCAUGAUUGGUUCAGUCUACGACGUGCAAAACCAGACCUUUGCAAGUUUUAGAAUGUGACUAGUCAUUUUGAUCAGACAGGAGAGUACCAGACUUGAUUAGAAUCUGUGGAUGCUUUCUUUAAUUUGCUGCACGAAGUCAACAACGAGGGCAUGAGCACAUAUUGUGGUGUCGUGUGAUUUUCAGUAGUGUAUAAAGUCAAAUUGAUUCACUUGGCGUUGAAUUGCGUCAUUACUCAAUUGUGCUUUUGCCUGAAUGAAUUUCAGGCACACCUAGACCUUGAGAAAAGCGGUAUUUUAGAAUGGACAACGGCAAUGAUCAUCACCAUGGAAAUCUUGAUUAACAGGAGCUAAACAUUGGCUAAUUAGUAGCUUCUUUUGGAUACAAUGGGCGGCCAGGUGCUGCUUAGUACAAUUAUGCUGUUGUUACAGGUUGUAAUUAUAUAUAUUAUUUUGAAGUGUGUAGAUAGAUAAAUGGACUGACUGAUGCAUGUUACUCUUGAUUUUACCUUUGAAUGGUUUGUGUAACAUGAAAGGUUCAGGUUCAAAGAUGGUGACAGCUACAACUAGUAAAUGGCAAUAUGCACAAUCAUACUUUACGUGAGUAAGCAUUAUUUUUACUCUAUUCUGUGCAUUAUUUUUGUGUAGGGAAUUUUCACCUAGAAAGAAAAAUGAUACUGUUUGAUUUCGCAGUUCGGACUACAUACUGGAAAUUAGGCUCAUGAUUACAGCCGGCAACCUUCUCGUGAGAAUUCAACUUUAAUCUUUCAUGUGGGCACAUUCAACAGCAUGGGAAAAGGCAGGCUGGGUUUGAGCACUGCGGCCGUGUGUGUGAAAUGUCAGCCUAGUAGGGAACUGGAGAGCUGAGACCCUCUUGCGAAGACAAAGAAUGAGCAGUUUGGUUCCUUAUUGAAGGAAAGGGUGAAUAAGAAGUCUUCAUGAAAGACGGUCUCUUCUUCAGUUGUUUUAGAGUUCUCUCGGCACAAAGUUUCCGAAACACGGGGAGAAUUCUCUCCUUGAACUUGAGAACGGCAAAGAAGAGGAGUCUGAAAGCUAUGAGAAUGAGCACAACAGCAGCUAGGUCCCACCAUUUUGAAUGAUCAAGACUAAUACCAAGCACGGUUGUGAGAACUUCUUCUCCUUUCAGUUUUGGACCACCAGGUACUAAAGGAUCAAACUCCAGCCCAAUCAUGUCGUUUUUGUAUGCUCCCUGCGUUUCCCAUUGUAGGAAUGGUAAAUAUCAAGAGUUAAAUAGAAAAAAUAAAAUAAAAUUCAAUCUUGCGUA